UCAUUGCUUGUUCGGCUUGUUGGCGUUGAAGUCCGCUACUGCCCUCGCAGCUGCCAUUUAUUUCGUUGUUGUGGGUCUUUCCCCGCUUUUAGCGAAAUGGAAAUGAGCACGAACGAUGCAUUACGAUGUGCUCUGUACAAGCUACACACGGCGUCUCCCGUGCCAAUUCGUCGCCGACGGAAGGUGAAUCCUUGUGCACGUAUUUUCCUGCUGCAGCUGCGCAUUGAGUCUUGGACGCGCUAAUCAGUGAAUUCCGAUGUCCCGUAAGUCAUAGCGCAGCCAGUAAACACCUACUACUAAGGGCCUGACCAUGACUGACGCAAGCCAAGGAAUGCGAAUGCGCUUGGAACACUUCGUCGUCGCUACCGGCGUGGCUCUCACUGCUGUUCUCCUCGGCAGAGUCGCACAGUCUUUGACUGUGGUGGCAGUUCUGGUAAUCCUGCUCCUCCUACUGCGCUGGCAGCAGUCUGAACAACCGGACUUCAACCAGAGGCCGCACGCCGAUAGCGGACUGUGGCUGAGCCUCCUCCUGCCUUUUUCUUUGCUCACCGCUGGCAAUAGCUACGAACACGGCGAUGUUUACACCUUCGCCGAAGUGGUCUGCAGUCAGGCACUUGUUCUGUCUCUCGCCGUUGUUUUUAAGAUCACGAACAUAUUCAUCUAUGCCCUUUCGACUGUAUGGACUACGACUUUACUCGUUACAGCGACUAGCGUUUCUUUUCCGUGGAGUGCAGCGGCCGCAGUGACUACGGCAGGGACAUUCAGUUAUCUCGUGACGUCGUUACCGGCUUACUCGCCCAAGUCGUUCACUCACGGCGAGCUGUUGCUCGUUUGCCAAGGUAUCACUACGUUCGUCGUUGUUUCCGGAUGCAGCCUUGCGUGCAACAUCAUAUACAGAGACCGCUGUGACCUCAAGUGUUCUGCCUCUGCCGGGUUCCUUCAAGCAGGACUCUUCAGUCUUGCUUUGUUUGUGGCAGCAGUAACCAAAAUACAAGCACUCCAGAAACCGACGGGGUUUUAUGUGGGGCUUUUUACCUCGGCAAUUUUGCUCGUCUAUCCUCUGUGCAGUGUCAUGGUCAACGGAGAACCCCUGAGUUGGCUUGCGUACCACUGCUUCAGUAGCUACACAAGACUUUGCCUUAUGGUCUCAUGGAUUGUCAUGUUAGUAAUAGCAGGACUGUUUGUGUACUGGUACACUACAAACUACAGUGAAAGUUCCACUGUGGUGCGCAAAGUUUUCCAUGCAGCGAUUGUGUCAGUGUUUUUACCAGGAGUAAUAUUAGAUCCAGACCUUAUGUACCUUGCCUGUGGCGCCAUUCUCGGGGUAUUUGUGCUCCUCGAGGUAUUUAGGACGUUGUCGAUUCCACCAGUAGGGCCGUGCAUACAGAACGUUUUUGCCAUGUUUGUUGACGAAAAAGAUGCCGGAGCAUUCAUUCUAACACCCACCUACCUGUUCAUUGGGUGUGCUGCGUCCCUACUGCUCUUUCCGGGACGAUUUGGAGACCCGGAGAAAAUGCCAGUUUUACUUAGCGGUACAGUGGCUCUUGGCAUAGGGGAUACUGCAGCAUCAGUUGUUGGGUCGAAGCUUGGAAAACACCAGUGGCCCGGCACAUCAAAGACCGUGGAGGGGACACUUGCCGCCAUUGUCGCACAGUUUGGAUUCUACUUCCCAUUGCUGUUUGUGGCUGUGCCAACGGUGUGGCACCUGAACACACUAUUGUUAAUUGUGGUGCUCUGCCUAGACUCAUACCUUGAAGCAUUCACAACUCAAGUGGACAAUUUAGCACUACCAGUUUUUGUGUACCCUAUGAUGACAGCCUUGUAUGCUUUGGAAUGAAAACUUUCAAUGUUCAAUUACUGAA